AUGGACCCAAAGCCUAUCAGUAUUGCAGACCUCGAGAGGAUCGCACUCGCCAAACUACCCAAGUCCACGCGUGAUUACUAUGCCUCCGGCGCUGAAGAAGAGAUCACCCUCCGCGAAAACAUCACUUCUCUCCAGCGCUACCGCAUCGUCCCUCGUUACUUGGUCGAUGUUGGGCUGGACAAGCUUGACUCGAGGAGUAGACCAGUCUGGGGGAAGAGGCAGAAUGUGCCGUUUGCGGUUGGGCCGUCGGCUUUCCAUCGGUUGGCGGGAUUUGAUGGAGAGUUGGAUGUUGCUAGAGCCGCUUCGAAAAGAGGCAUCUCAAUGGGUCUCUCGUCCUCAUCGACCUCAUCUCUGGAGGACGUCAUCCACGCUGGCACUGCCGUCAACGAUUGGUGGUAUCAGCUCUAUGUCUCCUCCGAGAGGCAAGAUACCGAAGCCCUCGUGAAACGCGCCGAGAAGGCCGGGUAUACAGCUCUACUCAUCACUGUCGACAGACCAUACCUCGGCCGUCGCCAUACCCACUUGCGAGAGAAGUUCGAACUCCCCCCACAUUUAAGGCGAGAUACCGGUGCCAAGAUGGCUCAAGAUCCUUCGAUGCACUGGGACGAGCUCAUCCCCUGGCUUCGCUCCAUCACCUCCCUCAAACUCCUCGUGAAAGGCAUCCUCCAUCCCGAAGAUGCCCUUCUGGCGUUACUACACGGACUUGACGGCAUCGUCGUCUCCAACCACGGCGGUCGUCAGCUCGAUGCUGCUCCAGCAACCAUAGACGCCCUGCCAUCUAUCGCCGACGUUGUCCAAGGCCGGAUACCGAUCUUCUUUGAUGGGGGUGUGAGGAAAGGGCUUGACGUGUUUCGAGCGUUGGCUCUGGGUGCUGAUAUUGUCUUGCUCGGGCGUGCCGUCCUCUGGGGCUUGGCAGCCAACGGCGAACCUGGUGUAGGACUGGCCCUAGAUAUCAUCACCGAGGAAUUCAAACUCGUCAUGGCGCUCGCGGGCGUGACGGACAUCUCACAGAUCAAGAGGUCCGCUCUGGCGUUGGUCAACCCGUCUCAGAUUGGGUUGGUCAGGGUGGAAGAUGCAGAGUGGGAAGAUAGGCGGGCAUGGUAA